UUGAUACUUUUUUUUACGCAUCCACUUCAGCGGUGUAGGGCGAGGUCCCUUCAAAAAGCGCCCACUCAACCAUUUGACGGUCCGCCUAAGCCUCUUCGCUCGACGCGUCGCGUCAGAAAAAUUCAACCACCCGUCAACGACGACGAGGAGGAGGACGAAGUCGACGUUGACAACGAUGACGACGAAGUGGUUGCUGCAGUUGAGGCUGAUCUGGAGGAUGAUAGACACGGUGAAGAGGAUGAAGAGGAGGAGGUGGAUUCAAGCAGUGCUUGUGCUACUCCUGACAUGGCUGAUGGAUUGGAUGACGACGUCGGCGUGGCACCAAGUUCGUUCGGACUUGCGGAGCUUAUGGAGAGUCAUGGAAACUUCUUCCCUGAGUGGACAGAGAUGCCAGGACUUGUGAAUACUCUUGUGCCGCCGAUGAAAGAAAGCACAGCUGGGUCUUCGAAGGACGGCCUUUAUGAAGAGGCUGUUCGACUCUGUCUGUUGUUACACCUCUUUUUCUUUCUGCAUUUGUAUGCGCGCAGCGUUAAACACAUUCCUGGGGCUUUCCUUUAG